UCCUCGACUUUUCCGGAAGUGGUGACCUCUCCAAUGGCUCUGCCCUUCAAAAACCUAAAUGUACCCGCGACACAGCUAGUAUUGACGACGACUCGAUUCAACACUGAUUUUUGCCUUGCCAAGCAAGUUAAAAGGCCCCUGGAUUUCAAUCUUAGAUUCUUAACUUUUUGCGCUUGACCUUUUCUUGUUUGGCUCUAUAUAUUAAACCCCUCUUUGGCACAUAGGUCACUCCGUCUUCCACGAAGGCUUAGUCCUCCAAAGAAAAGUCUUCACUUCUUCUUCUUCUAAUCUUCUUCUUCUGCUUCUGCUGCUUCCCCGUAAAAACCCUCUGCUUUCCUCUUUGUUUAUAACCGGUCGUUCUCCCUAAUAUUUUACUAGCUAAUCUUCGUCAGAGCUUCGGACCCAACAGAAAUGAAGAAGGUGGUACUGAAACUUGAUUUGCACGAUGACAAGGAGAAGCAGAAGGCGUUGAAAGCAGUGUCUGGCCUUUCUGGCAUUGAUUCCAUUGCUAUGGACAUGAAAGAGAGGAAAUUAACUGUGACUGGCAAUAUUGAUCCGGUUGAUGUGGUGAACAAGUUACGGAAAGGUAACUGGCACACUGAGAUUUUGACAGUUGGGCCGGCGAAAGAAGAGAAGAAGGAUGAUAAGAAAGAUGGAGCUAAGAAAGAUGAUAACAAGAAGAAGGACCCGAAUGAGCAAAUUGCUGAGCUUGUGCGAGCCUAUCAAAACUAUAAUCCGCAGAUGACGAGGUACUAUUAUGUGCAGAGCGCAGAAGAGAACCCAAAUGCUUGUGUUAUUUCUUAAUUAAUUGUGUCAUUUAGGACCAGUUAAUGAGGAUUUGGGAGCAGUUUAUAAAGCAAGACAGAUUAUAUAUGGUGGUGGUCUGUACAGUACAACUACAAUUAGCUUAAAUAAGUGUUUGAGAUUUAUCUGAGUUGCAGUUUUGCUGUUAAUGGUGUUGAUGUUGAUUAAGCUAAUCAAUAUGAUCCCUCUUUUUUUAGAAUAAUGUUGUUGACAACUCCAUAUACCAAAUCUUCAUCAAAUUUAUGUUUUGUUUCGAGUUGUUUUGAUCU